AUGAUCCACUCCGGUGAAGGGGCCACGCGAUACGAUGUUGAGCGCGAACUCAUCAGAGGAGCCGCGUCGAAGUACAUCAUUGACCACAUCGAGUACGGUUGGAAUACGAAUCCGCACGGAAUCCUCGAGUUGACGGCGUUUGAUAACCAGACCAUCGAGUCCGUUCUUGAGUACCUGGAGAAGUCAUCGUACUCCCGCCAUGCACCCAACAAGCCGUAUCCGCGGGCCACUCCGGCCUCCGGGCAGGGUAGCCGGCCGCAGCAGGGGUUGAGUGACAAUAAUGUAACGCCUUCAUCGACGCCUUCUCCUCGCCCGCAGACGGAGCUGCCUGUUGGCCCGCCGCUCGCAAACCCCUCCCACCUCGCCAACGCCCGCCAGUCAGAGACUCCUGCAAGCUCGGCCGCCUCAGGCUCUGAUCCUAAAAGCCCACCCUCUGCCGAACGCCUGGUCACCAAGAGUCGUCGCACGCCAGAGAUUGUUGUGCACGCCCGGGUUUACAACUUCGCCCGUACGAACGAAUUCCCUGCACUUGCCGAAUACGCACUGGGCCGCCUCAAGAACAGACUCGUCUAUGAGUUCAGAUCAAACCAUGAAAUUUUUCCCGAUUUGGAUACCGCCGUUCGUCUGAUCUAUCGCCACUGCCAGAAGUUUGAUUCGGUCGACGACCGGGAUCCAGCAAUGCUCUACCUAACCGAGUUCGUUGUUGAAAAAUUCAGGUUGCUGGACCGCCAGGCGCUAGGAAGCCUAUUGAGAGAAGUGGGCCAGUUUGCGGUCGAUGUCGCGUGGGGACUCUUGGAUGAGGUCAGUGUUCAGGAGCAAAAGAUACGCAGACUGGAGAUCAUCGCUAGCCGCUGCAGCGCCGUGACGAUGAUGUUAGAGAAAGUCAAAGGGACACUGAUGAAGGCAAAGCAAAGGGCGAGGGAAAGGUUCCGCCGCGGACGGCUGUGA